AUGGAAGAUCAGUAUUCAGCAGGGUUUUGCAUCAGGGCGUCACGCGGCGGCGGAUGUGGCGGCGGAGGCGGUGGGGGGACGAAGUGCGGGCGGUGGAACCCAACAAGCGAACAGGUAAAAGUUCUGACAGAGCUGUUCAGGUCAGGUCUGAGAACACCUAGUACGGAUCAAAUACAAAAGAUAUCUUCUCAGUUGAGCUUUUACGGCAAGAUCGAGAGCAAGAAUGUUUUCUACUGGUUCCAAAACCACAAGGCCAGAGAGCGACAGAAACGCCGCCGCGUUCUCGUCUCCACCCCCGCCGCCGACGACGACAUAAUCAAUAUCCACCACCACCACCUUCAGACCACCACCACCACCAACACCAAGCUGGCCGCCGUUUCCUCCACAGAACGUAAUUAUUAUGGUGAUGAAGGGGUGAUUAAUUACGAGGUUUCGGAGGGAGGGAGGGUUAUUGAAACCCUACAGCUGUUUCCAGUGAAGUGUUUAAUUGGUGAAGCCGCAGAUAAUAAUAUUGGUAAUUGCAGAGAGAAUGCUUCCUUCAUUACGUACGGCCAUAAUAAUAAUAUUAACGGCGCUACUGAAAUGGAUCAUCCCACGUUGGACCUGCGAUUAAGCUUUUUUUAA